AUGGAUCCUUCUGCUGUGCCGUUUCCUUCCACUCCUGAGAAACCCCGUCACUCUGCAAUCGAGGCCACACGCAACUCACUCAAUCGAACAUCGAUGUCAUUAAGCGUCAGUGCCAAGUCAAGGGACCCGUCUCUGAACUGGAUGACAGCUCAGCCGUCGACAACACCGAAGUUCAGCCGGAAUCAACUAAAUGCAAUCCCUAUCAUAAUGCCACUAAGCAGGACCGAAGUUGAGGAGAGACGGAAAAGCAUUGGUCCGUCGUCUGGUAUUGCACGAAGUUGGCAAGGGAGUAUGAAAAAUGGGAAGAGACUAAGCGUAGAGCAGCUUGAACGGACGAAGUCCAGCAGAGAGCUGACGACUAUGGCCCCGCGGCUUGCAGUGCCCGCUGAUUUGAAGGAUCAGGGUCGGUUGAGUAGGUCGUUGACCUCGGUUGACCAGUCCUCAAAGGUUCCUGUCGUCAGAAUCGUCGGUCCGAUGCCGGUUGACCCCGCUGUGGAGAGACUCCGCGAAAUAGGGGACCUAAUCUUGGGUCAAUCGUCCUUAUCUCUUUCCAUGCGUUCCGACUCGGCUGGUUCAAUCUCAGCGAGCACAUCCUCACCUUCCAAGUCUUCUUCUGUAUCCACCUUGGACUUCUCAUUGAACUCAACGCGCUCCUCCAAGACCUCCCUUGACACAAUUCCUCCUCGACCUGCGUUUCAUUCUUCUGAGGUUUUCACAUCUGGUUCUCCUGAUGGAUCUUCGGACAAUGGAUCUGCACGCUCAUCCUUAGAAACCCCGCCGCUGUCACCUGCACAUCGAAUGUUAAUGUCCACCUCGGCUCCAUCCUUGACUUCUACUUCAGUACGAACGCUCGUCCCUGCUAUCGCCAUUGAUGGGGUGGACGUCAAUGCCAUUGCCAAACCGAACGCAGCGAUGACAAAUAGUCUAAAUGUACGGCACGGAACGGGUAGUGCGACCUCUUUGUCAACCCUCUGCCCUACCGCCGUCCGGACCACAUUAAGUUCGUCCAGAAUAUCCUUACCCCCCGGUGCCCGUCCACCCGAGAACUUUCGACCCAAUGGCCGCGGCGUCAUUGUGUUAGGAACCAUCCCUCUGGAUUCCCCAAUGUCUGGUAAACCAACAAAGAAGAAGGGAUGGAGGAGGUGGUUCACCUGA